CCCCUGCCCGCCCAUCCCCCCGGCCAUGGAGAAUAGUCCUCUUCUUGGCUCCGACCAGGUGCCCCACCCGUCAGGUGGGAAUGCCUCGGUCAACACCUCCUCCUUCGACUCGGGCGCCACGCACGACAUCGCCAGCCACCCGGUCGGCACCUAUGACGAUGACGACGCCGAGAGCAUGAGCGUCAACUCCAACGGGCGCCGCUCCCUCUGGUUCUAUGCCUUCGCCUCGAUCCUGGUGGCGGCCGUGCUCGGGUCCAUCGUGGCGGCCGUGGUGCUGGUGACCAAGAACCACACCCACCCCCCGCGGGCGGUGAUUUUCAUGGUGUCCGACGGGUGCGGGCCUACCUCGAUGACGGUGGCCCGGAACUUCGCCCAGUACCGCCAGUCGCAGGCGGACCCGACCACCCCGGUCAGCAUGCAGCUUCCCCUGGAUACCAUGCUGAUUGGGUCUUCCCGGACGCGGUCUUCCUCGUCGCUGGUGACCGAUUCGGCCGCCGGUGCCACGGCCUUCUCCUGCGUGCAGAAGUCCUACAACGGCGCGGUGGCUGUCACCGAUGAGAUCCGCCCCUGUGGCACCCUGCUCGAGGCGGCCCAUGUCCUUGGCUAUCGUACCGGCGUGGUGGUCACCUCGCGCGUGACGCACGCCACUCCGGCCGCCUUCACGGCGCAUGUGGCCCAUCGCGAUUCGGAAAACCUGAUUGCCGAGCACCAGGUCGCCGGCGCGACCCCGCUCAAGUUCAUGGCCGAUCUGGUGCUCGGUGGUGGCCGUCGUCACUUCAUCCCGCGCGAUGUGCCCGGCUCCGUGCGCACGGACGACCGUGACCUCCGCAUCGAGGCGGCCGAGAUCUUCAACGCCACGGUGGUCCAGUCGGCGGCCGAGCUGGCGGCUCUCCCGCGUGAUGCCAGCUCCCUGCCGGUGCUCGGGCUCUUCUCCACCAGCGACAUGGCUUAUGAGGUGGACCGGCCCACCACGGACCAGCCCUCGCUGGCUGACAUGGCCGCCUACGCGCUGGAUGUCCUUGGUGGAGAGCUGCGCGACCACCGGACCCCCUUCUUCCUGAUGAUCGAGGGCUCGCGCAUUGACCAUGCCGCCCAUGACAAUGACCCGGCCGCGCACAUCUAUGACCUGAUCAUGUACAACGAGGUGGUGGCCAUGGUGAAGAAGUUCGUCGAUGAGCAUCCGGGCACCGUGGUCAUUUCGGUGUCCGACCAUGAGACCGGCGGCCUGUCCGGCGGCCGGCAGCUGACCCCGGAGUAUCCGGAGUACAUCUGGUACCCGGAGGUCAUUGCUCGGGUGUCUCGGUCGACCUUCUUCGUGGCGGCCGACCUCUUUGCCUAUGCCGCUGGGUCUGGGUCGGAUGCCCCGCCCUCGGAGAUCGAGAUGCGCACCUAUGUCCUGACCACCAUCGAGAACUACCAGGGCGUCAGUGACCUUACCAUGGCCGAGCUGGACAACCUGACCACCCUGGCGCUCGGCGGCCAGGCCGCCAACCAGGCUGCCAUGAUGGUUGCCCUGGGGGAGGUGAUCUCCGUCCGUGCGGAGCUUGGCUGGACCACGCAUGGCCAUACCGCGGCCGAUGUCAAUCUUUAUGCGUAUGGUGGCAGCCAUGCCGCCACGGCGCGCGACAUCAUGCGCGAUCUGGCCGGCAACCGCGAGAACACCGAUGUUGGCCUCUUUGUCCGGAACUAUCUCGGCCUGGAUUUGGCCUCCAUCACGGAGCGCCUGCUGGCCGGGCCGCUGGACCUGGGUGGCCUGGGCAAGGCCAUCCGCACUGCUGUCGGCGGCCAGCCCCGCGCUGGCGCCUCGCCGGAGACCGCUCUCUGGGGCCAUAACUGAGUGUGGCACGAGCCGCCCUUCUCCCCCCCCCCCCCUGUUCGGGUGGGUGGGUGUGCGUGUGUGUCUCACCCUCGCUCUUCUUCUCUUCCCCUCUCUCCUCCCCCUGUCCGUCCUCUUUCCGCAAGGGGCCUCCAUCGCACGCCCUGUUGUGUGUUUGGCCGGGGGAGAGGGGGGAGGAGGAAACACUUCCCCUCCUACACAGAGAUGUAAAAUAUAAGCACAAUCAUGUC